GAAGAUUCAAGCAACAACGUUCAUUCACCUGUCGACUCGACAAGACAGCUCAGUGCACAACGCUCCGAUCGGGUGUCGCUGACUGUGGCCGCUUUUAUCUCCGCUCGCCAUCAUCCUGGACCUCCUAUCGAACCUCCAACGCCUGCCGUUCCUCGACAAGUUUGCACGACCUCGACCCGCUAUCUCUCACGUGGACGACGUCGAUAGUAGUACCGACAACAUCAGCGAACAGAGUCGACCUCUUUUCGGUCGUGCUAGUGACCGCUUCAUAAUACAUCAAGAGCAAGAAGGUCGAGGAGGUGAUCAUAUCCCCCUCUUACCACUCAAUCACGGCCCAUCACAGCAGUCGGCACAGAGGAACGUCGCUUGGAAAAGAAGAGACGGCAGGAUGAAGUUUGGUACCCUUUUGGAGCUGAAUUCGAAUAUAGAAUGGUUUGACAAAUAUGUCGACUAUGACGGCCUCAAGAAGAUGUUCCCGGCCGAGCCUUUCGAGCCGUCUUACCGUGCCAAUCGACAGGAUGACCCAGAGGCCUCCCCGCUACUGACCGCUGAGAGGCCGCAAGGGGCAAGCGAGGAGGAGUUCACAUCAGCUCUGGAUCGGGAGCGGAACAAGGUCAUCGAAUUCUAUAAAGAAACCGAGGAUGAGCUGCAGAACACCUUCAAGACCAUCUUGGGGGAAGUCCGGGUGCUGGAAGAACGCGAGUUUGACGAUAUCAUCGAAGAGGAAGACGAGGACGAAGAAGGGCUUAGCGACCGGGAGGAGAACCUUGGCAAUUCGGGGUUCCGGAGCAGUCAAGAUGGUGCAGGUCUGGAAGAAGGACUCCCCAACGGUCGUCGAUCUUCCUAUACCCCGCAAUCUCCUCAACGCGCCAACAAGUCGUUCAUGCAAAAGAACCUCGCUUCGUUUUCGAACCGAUUCCUCUCGACCGAUCCUCAGCGAGACGAAGCCGAUCUUCUCGAAGCUUCCCUCACUCCUCAGGUGCAACAGGAGACCCGAGCGCGAUCACGUUCAAACGCCCGGAGAUCCCGACUCAACCGUACCACCUCGUCUGAUCUCGGCAGACGUACGAGCGACGAGAACCGUCGAAUGUCAGCUUCGUCUGCUUCCUCUGGCGGGCUAGGUCCUGCCGCCAGCAUGUCCCGCAAUCGAGGCAACCUCGGGUUGAUCCCCAUGAUCGACCCGACACCCCUGUCCGAUAGCAUCUUUUCCACCUCGGCUGCUGUCCACAGUACCGGUGGACCGAGAUUGUCCGGUGAGGACGGCGAGGGAGUGGAUUACAUCUGGACCGCUAGUUCGGAUUAUGGAAAGGUCUUGAGGAUCGGUUUUAAGAAGAGGAUCGCCAGGAUGUGGUUGGAUGGAUAUGCCCUGAAGGGCUAUGUCGAGUUGAACCUGACGGCGUUCGAGAAAAUCCUGAAAAAGUACGACAAGAACACCGGAUCAAAACUCAAGAAGCGUUACAUCGAGUCGACGGUUAUGACUUCGUACCCGUGGCAGACCGAGACCAAGGAACACCUCGAAGAGACCAUGGAAAAGAUCUUGUACCUGUACGCGCGAGUCGCCGCUGGUGGAGAUCUAGAGCUCGCCAAGCAGCAACUGCGAGCACAGCUCCGGGAAAAGAUCGUCGUUGACAGGGAAACCAUCUGGUCCAAGAUGGUUUCCGAACGUCGCCAGAACGAUAAUCAGCUCAAGGUCGUCACCGAAGGUCAUUCUUCCUCGGAAAAGACCCACAGUCUUGUUCGGACGCCGCUGGGUAGCCUGCACGUGCCCACCUGGCUAAGCUGGAACGGCAUUAUCUGCGUGGUUGCCGCGAUCGUCUUGGUUGUGAUCGUCAAGGUCAAUCCCUUUGACAGGCAAGAGGAAAGCAAUUGCUUGGCUAUGUUGGUUUUCUGUACACUGUUAUGGGCUACGGAGGCUAUCCCCUUGUUCGUAACCAGUUUCUUCGUGCCAUUCUUGACGGUCGCGCUCGGGGUGCUGCGAACCACUGACGGCAAGGACGAGCGGAUGCUAGCAAGCGAGGCGAGCAAGUACAUCUUUUCGGUCAUGUUCUCGCCUACGAUCGGUCUUUUGCUCGGAGGUUUCACUAUCGCGGCGGUACUAUCGAAGACUCGACUUGAUGUCAUGACCGCUUCUAGGGUCUUGAACGCUGCAGGGUCAAAGCCAAGCGUAGUGUUGUUGACCUUGAUGUGCAUUGCGACAUUUGCGAGCAUGUGGAUCAGCAACGUAGCUGCGCCCACUCUGUGUUACGCGCUCAUCAAGCCCAUCACGGAUGAGCUACCUCCCAAAUCGGCCUUCUCUCGAUGUCUGAUUAUCGCGAUCGCCCUGGCUUCGAAUAUCGGAGGGCAAGCCUCUCCCAUCUCAUCGCCGCAGAACCUGAUCGGUCUAGCAGCUAUGGACCCUCCCUUGUCGUGGCUGCAAUGGUUCGCUGUUUCGCUCCCGGUCGCCACCGUGUCUGUGGUAGCCAUAUGGUCGUAUCUGCAUAUCGGCUACCGAUGGGAGAGGGAUCUAUCUAUCCCCCGGAUGAGGAAGAACACCGAUCCCCUUACCUGGACGCAUUGGUAUGUGCUCUUCGUCACUGCCAUCACAAUCAUACUUUGGUGCAUCGAGAAGAAGUUUGAAGCCUGGGUCGGCGACAUGGGAGUGAUCGCCAUCAUCCCAAUCAUCGCCUUUUUCGGCACGGGCGUCCUGUCAAAGCAAGAUUUCCAUUCCUUCCAGUGGUCGAUCGUUUUCAUCGCCAUGUCCGGAUCCGCACUCGGUCGAGCGGUACUAUCAUCCGGUCUGCUGGAUGAUCUCAACAAGGUAUUGGAAAAGGCUGUCGAGGGGAUGGGCCUGUUCAGCGUAGUCCUCGUCUUUGCUUGCAUCAGUCUGGUCGUUGCAACCUUCAUCUCACAUACGAUCGCUGCGGUCCUGCUUGUGCCUAUUGCCGAGAAGGUCGGCGAGGGGUUGGCCGAUCCUCAUCCGAGGCUCUUGAUCAUGUUGUGUACCUUGAUCUGCUCCGCUGGAAUGGGUCUCCCUCAGAGCGGUUUCCCCAACAUUACAGCUAUCGCACAGGAGAACAAGCUCGGGCAGAGAUAUAUCGCCGCCAGCGACUUCCUCAAGAACGGUAUUCCUGCCUCGAUUCUGGCCACUGCGGUUAUCGUCACCUUGGGUUUCGGCAUCUCAAAAGCGAUCGGAUUAUAACCUAGACAGCGCACCAUGUUGCAUUUUACCCACCCGUGUAUAACGUUCAGUUCUUUGCAAUGACAUGCUUUUUUGGUGUUCAGGUUGAUAUAGGAUCUGUGUCGUGCUGACGGAAGUCGGAAACGUUCGUGAACGCGACGCUUGAAAAGGGGGUGGAGCGGGCC